AUGACUCGCGAUUUCAAACCUGGAGACCUCAUCUUCGCCAAGAUGAAAGGCUAUCCCCAUUGGCCAGCUCGAGUAGAUGAAGUUCCUGAUGGAGCUGUGAAACCACCAACAAACAAACUGCCCAUUUUUUUCUUUGGGACUCAUGAGACUGCUUUUUUAGGCCCAAAGGAUAUAUUCCCUUACUCAGAAAAUAAGGAAAAGUAUGGAAAACCAAAUAAACGAAAAGGCUUUAAUGAAGGCUUAUGGGAGAUUGACAACAAUCCAAAAGUGAAAUUUUCAAGUCAACAGGCAUCAGCUAAACAAUCAAACGCAUCAUCUGAUGUUGAGGCUGAAGAAAAAGAAAUGAGUGUUUCAAAGGAAGAUACUGACCAUGAAGAAAAAGCCAGCAAUGAGGAUGUGACUAAAGCAAUUGACAUAACCACUCCAAAAGCUGCCAGAAGGGGAAGAAAGAGAAAGGCAGAAAAGCAAGUAGAAACUGAGGAGGCAGGAGUAGUGACAACAGCAACAGCAUCUGCUAAUCUAAAAGUGAGUCCUAAAAGAGGACGACCUGCAGCUACAGAAGCCAAGAUUCCAAAACCAAGAGGCAGACCCAAAAUGGUAAAACAGACCUGUCCUUCAGAGAGUGACAUGGUAACUGAAGAAGACAAAAGUAAGAAAAAAGGGCAAGAGGAAAAACAACCUAAAAAGCAGCUUAAAAAGGAUGAAGAGGGCCAGAAGGAAGAAGAUAAGCCAAGAAAAGAGCCAGACAAAAAAGAGGGGAAGAAGGAACUUGAAUCUAAAAGGAAAAAUUUAGCUAAAACAGGGGUUACGUCAACCUCUGAUUCUGAAGAGGAAGGAGAUGAUCAAGAAGGUGAAAAGAAGAGAAAAGGUGGAAGGAACUUUCAGACUGCUCAUAGGAGAAAUAUGCUGAAAGGCCAACAUGAAAAAGAAGCAGCAGAUAGAAAACGCAAGCAAGAGGAACAAAUGGAAACUGAGCAGCAGAAUAAAGAUGAAGGAAAGAAGCCAGAAGUUAAGAAAGUGGAGAAGAAGCGAGAAACAUCAAUGGAUUCUCGACUUCAAAGGAUACAUGCUGAAAUAAAAAAUUCACUCAAAAUUGAUAAUCUUGAUGUGGACAGAUGUAUUGAGGCCUUGGAUGAACUAGCUUCACUUCAGGUCACAAUGCAACAAGCUCAGAAACACACAGAGAUGAUUACAACACUGAAAAAAAUACGACGAUUCAAAGUGAGUCAGAUUAUCAUGGAAAAAUCUACCAUGUUGUAUAACAAGUUUAAGAACAUGUUUUUGGUUGGUGAAGGAGAUUCAGUGAUCACACAGGUGCUGAAUAAAUCUCUUGCCGAACAAAGACAGCAUGAGGAAGCUAAUAAAACCAAAGAUCAAGGAAAGAAAGGGCCAAACAAAAAGCUAGAAAAGGAACAAACAGGUUCAAAGACUCUAAAUGGAGGAUCUGAUGCUCAAGACAGUAAUCAACCACAACACAAUGGAGAUAGCAAUGAAGAAAGCAAAGAUGAGACCAGCAGUAAGAAAAAGCCAUCCAGUGAAGAGAGAGAGACUGAAAUAUCUCUGAAGGAUUCUGCGCUAGAUAACUAG